AUGCACGGUCCCACGGGUCUGUAUACUACCAACCCCGGCCUCGUCACUCUCAUCCAGGGACUCGUCUUUCCCCCCGGCCUGAUCCUCGUCGUACUUUCAGGCUCGGACCUAUUCACAUCCAACAUCUUCUUCUUCACGGCGGGUCUGCUGGAGGGCAGGGUGAAAUGGCACAUGGCGCUGCGCAGCUGGACCUGGAGCUGGUUCUCCAACCUCAUUGGCAGCCUUACGAUCGUCUACUUCGCGCACUGGGCGGGCAUUCUGGGCGAACCGGGGUCCACCAACUCCGUCAUCGCGUUCGCGAAAACUCUGGCCGUUACCAAAACCCAUCUCCCGUGGCACGGCGCAGUGGUCCGGGGCAUGAUGUGCAACUGGCUCGUCUGCAUGGCCAUCUGGCAGGGCAUGGCGGCGACUGACGUCAUCGGCAAGAUCUUUGGCAUCUACCUCCCGGUCGCGUACUUCAUUAUCGGCGGCUUUGAGCAUUGCGUCGCCAACCAGUACCUCCUCUACCAGGGCCUUGUCGCGGGCGCCCCCGUGUCCGUCGACCGCACGAUCACGCACAACCUCAUCCCGAGCACGAUUGGGUGCAUGGUGGGCGGCAUCUGCUUCGUCGCCUUCGCUUCCUGA